GGGAGGGGCGGCUGCUGCUGCAGCUGCAGCUGGAGCUGCGGGACCUCGUGCUGCUGCUGCUCCUGCUGCAGCCGAGGCUGCGGGAGCGCCAACCCAGGAGCUGCAGGCCCGGAACGAGCCCCUGCAUCCUCCCCCCCGGGCAUUGCAUCCGUCUCCCUGCGGAUCUUUGCUUUCUACCCAGAUUGGACUCUUCCAGAGAGCAUUUGGACAUUUGCCCAGUGGCUUUUGGGACAGGGGACAUUGCUCAGGACUGGAGUGGUGAGCAAGUCGCAGACCAGCUGAGCUGCCCACUAACGGGCUGGUGCCACCAUGGCAGAGAAAGUGAACAACUUCCCCCCGCUACCGAGGUUCAUCCCCCUGAAGCCAUGUUUCUACCAGGACUUCGAGGGCGACAUCCCCCCACAGCACCUCACCAUGGCCAAGCGCCUCUACUACCUCUGGAUGCGAGGGCUUGGGACCCUGGAGGACCCUCGGGAGAGAGGUCCUUUAUUUCUUCCCCGCAUCACAGACCAGAGGGAGAGAGGGGAUGUCUCUCUGACUGGAGCUGUUCAGAACAAAGUGAAGUGGUGAACAGCAUCACCUUGGCAGUGAACCUGAUAGGCUGCCUGGCAUGGCUGAUUGGAGGCGGUGGAGCGGUUAAUUUUGGACUGGCAUUUCUCUGGCUCAUUCUCUUUACACCCUGCUCCUAUGUCUGCUGGUUUCGCCCCAUUUACAAAGCCUUCAAGACGGACAGUUCCUUCAGCUUCAUGGCUUUCUUUUUCACCUUCAUGGCCCAGCUGGUGAUCAGCAUCAUCCAGGCUGUGGGCAUCCCAGGCUGGGGAGUCUGCGGCUGGAUCGCAACCAUCUCCUUCUUUGGGACCAACGUCGGGGCCGCAGUGGUGAUGCUCAUCCCCACCAUCAUGUUCACGGUCGUGGCAGUCUUCGCCUUCAUCGCCCUUAGCAUGGUUCAUAAAUUUUACCGGGGAAGCGGAGGAAGCUUCAGCAAAGCCCAGGAGGAGUGGACCACGGGGGCCUGGAAGAACCCUCACGUCCAGCAGGCGGCCCAGAAUGUGGCUGUGGGGGCUGCCCAAGGUGCCAUGAACCCGCCUCAGACGCAGUACUCUGCUACCCCCAACUACACCUAUUCCAAUGAGAUGUGAGCUGGAGGCUGCCCGAGGCAGCGGUGGCAUUGGCGGGAGUGGGAAAGGGGGCAAGAGGUCGAGCUGAGACCACUUCACACCAUCUUGGUGAUGGUGUGUGGGGGGGAGAGGUCCAUUCUUUUUCUUUUAUCUCCCUUCUACUUUGUAAAAAUAUAUAUUAUAUAUCUCCCUCCCCACCCCCCACCACACACACACAGACACAGACACACACCUCUCCCCUCUCCCCCGUCUCCCGGGUUUUCAGUUCUCGGCAUUUGAAGAAGUCGUGAGUCAACCUGCAGGACAAUUGUGCUGUGCGGUAAUGCCUGUGUGUUUGUGUUUCCUUGUGAAAUAGUGUACAGUGGAGAUUUA